AUGUUAUUUCCUCUUGAUUUUUCAACCCAGAAUUGGCCUUCUGCCGUGUUUGCGGUCUCGGUGGGCAUCUUCCUUCUCUGGGGCCUGAUAGCCUCGUGGCGGCCACGAUUCCCCAACGCUGCGCCCAAGCUACUCAAGAAAAACCUUCCCAUUGUCGGUUCUUUGGGGUUUUUUACACGGCGAAGAGACUUUUGCAACGAUGGCGCUUCCAACAGCAAGACUGGGAACUAUAGUUUUUCGAUUGGACGGUACAAUGUUGUGGGUGUAUCAGGGCUACAAGGUCGCAAGGUCUUCUACGAGUCCAAAGAGUUAAACAUGACCGAUGGUUAUGCCGCCUUGCUCACCGGCACUCCUGACUUUAACGUGACCGAAAACGGAGUCAAGUUUGACGCGUGGUUCUCAAAGAAGCUGAUAAAGCAUCUGAAGAAGGCGACAUUUGAGAAAAGUCUGCCGUUUCUUAUCGACGAUGUGGCAUCGGCAAUGGAUCGGAUUUCGGCCAUUUGCGGCGCUAGAGGGGGCAUGUUUGAUCCCUUUGACGAGAUGAACCGGAUUGUAUACCAUCUGACUAUGCGCACUAUUGGGGUGAGAGAGAUAGCUGACUCUCCUGAUCUACUGGAAAAGUCGCUACGACUCAUCGAGACGAUCGAUAAAGGCAGUAGCCCAGUACGCAUACUUUUCCCGUGGUUUCCAACCUUCAAGCAUAUAAAGCGCUCAGUCGCUGGGAUACAGUUUUAUCUCAUGGUGAGUCGGAUCAUAGAAGAUCGGAGGAAGACGGGACGGCAGGAGGACGACAUUGUGCAGCAACUGAUGGACGAGGGCGAGUCGACCUUCAGAAUUGUCUCGUUCCUCAUCAUGGCGCUUCUGGCGGCAUUGCUCAACUCGGGCAUCAACGCGGCUUGGGUGCUGUGCUACCUGGCGCUGAAUCCACAAUGGCAGGCCCAAGUGCGCGGACAAAUCGACAAGGCCCUUUCCAAGCAUCCAACCGGCUCGCCACAAGAUCCCAUCGAGACACUGAGGCGGAUGACGCUGGACGAGUGGGAGGCUGAGUUUCCACUCAUCAAUUUGUGCCUGCAAGAGUCUAUUCGCCUGCAGACGGUGGGCACCGCAUUCCGCAAGAAUGUCGGCGGCAGGGACUUGAAGCUUGAAGGCACGGGCGAAGUGAUUCCCAAGGGUGGUUUUGUCGCUUAUCCUAUCGACGACGUGCACAUGAAUGCUGAUAUCUACACUGAGCCUCUGAAGUUCGACCCCGGGCGGUACAUGGCAGGGCGUGAGGAGGACAAAAAGGUACCCCUGGGAUUUGUGGGCUGGGGCUAUGGCCGACAUGCUUGUUGUAAGUUUUGA